UUGGCCCGACCUACCCCGGGUAGCUGAAGGAUGGUGUGGGGUGGGCGGCGGGCCCUGGGGGCUUUGCGGGCCCCUGGAGCCUGGCCGGGCUGGUUGCGGGGAUCGGGGCCCUCGGUGCUUCGCCGGCUGCGGGGUGCAGCUGUGGUGCGGCCGGGCUUCUUGAGCGCCGCAGAAGAGGAGACGCUGAGAAGGGAGCUAGACCCCGAGCUUCGGCGCCGCCGCUACGAGUACGAUCACUGGGAUGAGGCUAUCCACGGCUUCCGUGAGACAGAAAAGUCACAUUGGUCAGAGGCAAGCCAGGCCAUUCUACAGCGGGUUCGGGCAGCUGCCUUCCCCCCAGCUCUGGCCCAGUUUCCAAUGGUUCAUGUCUUAGAUCUCCACCAAAAUGGCUACAUCAAGCCCCAUGUGGAUAGUAUCAAGUUCUGCGGCAGCAUCAUUGCAGGCCUCUCCUUGCUAUCCCCCAGUGUCAUGCGACUAGUUGACACGCAAGAUCCUCAAGAAUGGCUGGAGUUGCUUCUGGAACCCGGGUCCCUCUAUAUCCUCAGGGGUCCUGCCCGAUAUGACUUCUCCCACCAGAUCCUUCGAGAUGAAGAGUCCUUCUUUGGCGAGCACCGAGUCCCUCGGGGCCGACGCAUUUCUGUUAUUUGCCGUUCCCUUCCUGAGGGGAAACCAGGGCCCCCCAACUAGAUAACCUCAAGUUCCACAGCCACAGGGCUCGUGGUGGGGUGGGGCUGGGUUGAGGGCUUGUUUGUGCCCAGAGUUUUCUAUAAAAUAUUUAUGAAUAAAGUUAGAGAAAUGGUACUUGGCCCCUGGGCCUAGCUGAU